CUUGUCCUCUAGACUAUGGAGUCACUGAACAGUGGCAAACCUUUCUUGCAAGCUUUCUAUGUAGAUCUUCAGGGAGUCAUAAAAACCUUGAGGUAUUAUGCUGGCUGGGCAGACAAAAUCCACGGAAUGACCAUUCCUGUAGAUGGAGAUUAUUUUACGUUUACAAGACACGAACCCAUCGGAGUGUGUGGACAGAUCAUCCCUUGGAACUUCCCCCUGCUGAUGUUCGCAUGGAAGAUCGCCCCGGCGCUGUGCUGUGGCAAUACGGUCGUUAUCAAGCCGGCGGAGCAGACCCCCCUCAGCGCCCUCUACAUGGGAGCCCUCAUCAAGGAGGCUGGCUUUCCACCAGGAGUUGUCAAUAUUUUGCCAGGGUUUGGUCCAAUUGUUGGUGCAGCCAUAGCAUCUCAUGUUGGCAUCGACAAGAUUGCAUUUACUGGAUCCACUGAGGUUGGGAAGCUGAUCCAAGAAGCAGCUGGAAGGAGUAAUUUGAAGAGAGUUACACUGGAGCUGGGUGGGAAAAGCCCAAACAUUAUUUUUGCAGAUGCUGACUUGGACUACGCUGUUGAACAAGCUCACCAAGGGGUCUUCUUCAAUCAAGGUCAAUGUUGCACUGCAGGCUCACGGGUUUAUGUGGAAGAAUCGAUCUAUGAAGAGUUUGUUAGAAGAAGCGUAGAACGUGCAAAGAGGAGAGUUGUAGGAAGUCCUUUUGACCCAACUACGGAACAAGGUCCACAGAUUGAUAAAAAACAAUACAACAAGAUCUUGGAACUGAUCCAAAGCGGCAUUACUGAAGGAGCAAAACUUGAAUGUGGAGGUAAAGGGCUAGGAAGAAAGGGCUUCUUCAUUGAACCUACGGUGUUUUCCAAUGUCACAGAUGACAUGCGGAUUGCCAAGGAAGAGAUUUUUGGGCCUGUUCAAGAAAUACUGAGAUUUAAAACCAUGGAUGAAGUUAUAGAAAGAGCCAACAACUCUGAUUUUGGGCUGGUUGCUGCUGUCUUUACGAAUGACAUAAACAAGGCCCUGACAGUCUCUUCAGCAAUGCAGGCUGGGACAGUCUGGAUAAACUGCUACAAUGCCUUAAAUGCCCAAAGUCCUUUUGGAGGAUUCAAAAUGUCUGGCAACGGGAGAGAGAUGGGUGAAUGUGGACUGAGAGAAUAUUCUGAAGUUAAAACUGUGACAAUAAAAAUCCCUCAGAAGAACUCCUAAAAUGACAAAGGACCAUGUUGUGCAGAAGAGCACAUGAUGCCACCCUCUCUAUUCCUUACGGAGACCAGCACUCAGGAAUAAAAAGUGUUACACAAUAUUUAAGAAAUUAAGUUGCAACAUAUAUAUUGGGCACAUAAUUGCGUACAUAAUGCAAAUCAGCUCUGCAUGUUUUCAUAAAACUCUCCUGAGACUAGUUAAAUCUUUAUAAAACUAAUCAUAACAAGAGAUAAAAUUGCUAUUUGGCAUCAUUUAAUAAUGGUUCUAGCUAUAAAACUGUUAAAUACAAAUGCAUGCAUACACACAUUUAUCUCUUCUUUAAAUAAACAGAAUAAUUCUUACUGCUUUCAGGUUGCCUUCUCAAAAAGACCUGUCUUGUACUGACUGACAUUCUAGAUUCAAUCAGGGCUUUACAAGCCAGAUUUUACCCCAAAUGCUAGCAAUGAACAACAUAAACAAGUAACACUGAUGUUCUUCAAAAAUAAAAGACUCCGAAUGCUAAUGAAUCAAAACAUGGUAUAUUGGCAGCUUCCCAAUUAGCAUGCUCAUAUGAAGAGGUCAGACUGGAGUGGGAACCAAACCAUUAUAUGGACAAUGAAAUCCAAAUACUGAGCAGAAGUAUUUGUCUUUCAGGACCCACAGUGAUUUGGUUUUCAAAGCUUAUUUUCCUAAUUACUUUAUGUCUUGCUAUAAGCAAAAAAACCUUCCCUUGCUUACAGGAACUUGAGAGGUUUCACCUGCCUGCCAAAAGAGCAUGGCCAGACAGGGUGGAAAGCAGCUGUUAACAAGAAUGGGAACAGAUCCCAAGGCUUCACAGAAUAUUUCAGCUUUCACUGCUUGUCUAGUUUUGUUGCUGUUGUUACUUUCACCUUUUUUUUAAACAAGUAUAUGCACCCACAGACUUCAUUUCUUUGUCUGCUAUUGAACUGCCUCUGAUUACACUGGGAAUUACUAAGUAUUGACUGCAGAAGGAAGAACCCAGCAAAAGCCCACCUGACAAGAAGUAAGCUUGACUUUAUUUUCUUAAUAAGUGGUGGCUUGCCGUCUUCACCAUGGUUGUAAGCCUCAGGUGAGCUUCCUUACUGGCUGGCACUCACUUUUUCAGAAGUCUGUUCUUUUUUUGGCCCAGCCAAAAAUAAGAGCAAGUUCUUCUAGAAGUGAGAUGUUUAAAACCUGUCACAUUAUUACCUGCUGCCUACAGAAACUCUUCAAACUUGUAACUAACAAAUUAAACACCAUCUUUCUGCUUGCCAGCUGCAGAGCUCAUCAAUUCCCCAGACUUUUUAUUAAAGAGGUUUCAUUUAAUGUUUUAACAUGGAAUUAAGAAAAUUUAUUUUAGAAGUACAGUAAAUCAUCUGCACUAUGUAGCUACAUUAUCUGGGGUGUAAGGACAGAAUUACAGCCUCGGGUGUGACAGUCUUCCUAGUGGCAGAGUCUAUACUAUGAGCUGUUUAAAACUCCAGAUCUGAUCAGCAAAUUAUUUCUGCACAUCCUUAACUUGCUUUACUCUCUGAGGAGUUCCUCUCAGAUUUGAAGUUGUGUGUCCUUAAACAUACUGCUGGAUCAGGACAAGAGUAUCCAGUACUUUGUAGUGUGGUGAUCGUCAAUACUUUGUGUUUCUAACCCAUGUCAAAACUGUGUAUGUGUUUUUGAAGCAAUAUCUAUACAUGAGGUUGCUCAGAAAUGACAUUACAUUCACGGACAUGGUGAUGAAUCAAAAUAUUGCUGAGUUGUUAAAUGGAAAUGCCAUAUACUUCCAUAGUGUAUGUCA